AUGGGAAGUAUAGAUACAACCAGUUGCAGCACAUCAUCAAUGGCUGAGAAAGGUCAUUUUGUUGUGUACUCUGCAGAUAAAAAAUGUUUUCUUCUUCCCUUAGAAUAUCUUAACAAUGAAAUGAUUAGAGAGCUAUUCAACAUGGCAGAAGAAGAGUUUGGAUUGCAAAGCAAAGGGCCACUCACACUACCUUGGGAUGCAGAUCUCAUGGAAUAUGCAAUUGCUUUGAUCAGACAAAAUGCUACUAGAGAUGUGCCGAGAACACUGCUAGUGUCAAUAGCUAGCAACUGUAGCUCAUCAUUUUUCCUUUUCCAACAUCAAGCAACAAGCCAUCAGCUACCAAUUUGCAGCUUCUGA